AUGCCCCCCCAAUCCCCCUACGACCCCCCAACCGACGCCCUCUCCAUCGCCGACCUCCUCGCCGCCGCCCGCACCCACCUCACCCGCCUGACGCCCGCCGCCGCCGCCGCCGAGCUCGCCGCCUACCACUCGCACCUCGCGUCCGACUUCAAACCCCAAACCCCACCCCCGGCCCCCGUCCUCCUCAUCGACAUCCGCCCCGCCGCCCAGCGCGCCGCCGAGGGCCACAUCGCCGGCGCGACCGUCAUCGAGCGCAACGUGCUGGAGUGGCGGCUCGACCCGCGCAGCGCAGCGCGGUUGGAGGCCGCGGGGGGCCGGUACGACGCGCGCGCCAUCGUCAUCUGCCAGGAGGGGUAUACGAGCAGCCUGGCGGCGCGGGAGCUGCAGCGGCUGGGGUUGUCGCGGGCGACGGAU